AUGUCACUGCUCAAAGUAGUUUCUUCCAAGUUAGCAGCUGAAGUUGAUCAAGAGUUGAUGGGACCCGGUGUGGGUUUCACCCUUCCACAACUAAUGGAAUUGGCAGGUUUCAGUGUUGCCCAAGCGGUAACCCGUGAGUUCCCACCAAGUUCAGUGAGUAUGGAUAAAAGCGUCUUUGUCAUUGCUGGUCCUGGUAACAACGGCGGUGAUGGGUUAGUCUGUGCGAGACAUCUGAAAUUGUUUGGUUACAAUCCAGUGGUGUACUACCCCAAACGUAGCGAACGCAAUGAAUUUUACAAGCAGUUGGUCAAUCAACUGAACUUCUUUAAGGUUCCAGUACUGCCCAAUGAACAAGGCUCCACGGAUUGGUUAGAAUAUUUGGACCCUGAGAGAACUCUUUGCAUAGUCGAUGCCAUAUUUGGAUUUAGCUUUAAACCACCCAUUAGAGAACCAUUCGGUACCAUUUUAGACCAUCUGUAUGGUCUAAAGGGUAAAGUACCCAUUUUAUCUGUCGAUGUACCUUCCGGCUGGGAUGUGGAUAAGGGCCCCGUUACUGAACAUGCAUUGAAACCAUCAGCUCUGAUCUCAUUAACCGUUCCUAAACCUUGCAGUACACACAUGUCUCCGGAGACUUCUCAUUACGUUGGAGGUAGAUUCAUACCCAGAGAAUUCGCUAAUAAGUACGGUUUUGAACCAUUUGACUACGAGGGAACUGAUCAAGUACUAAAAUUGUAG